UGCAGCCAUUGCCGGGAAUUCUUGGAUUGGGCUCUGGGACCGUUUUAUCCCGCUGUGGCACUGGUAGCGCUUCGGGGCGAGGAGCUGGUUGAGGUUGUUAGACCGUGGGAGCCCCGCGCAGGCGGCGGAAUCCAAGGUUGGGCUCGGGAUUGCAAGUUGGCGCGGCCCAGUUGGCGCCGCCUUCGACCCCUGCCCCAGUCCCCGGGUGGGAGUGGACCAAGUUCCUGUGGAUUGUGGACCUUCACUCUCGGAACACCUGGCGGUCACUUAAGACUCUUCUGGAGGCCGGCGGUCCGGUGCUGCUCUCAUUCCCGGCUUAGUACACUGUGGGGAGUGCAUUGUACCCCAGGGAGACCGCGGUUUGGGGGUUAGAGAAAGGCACACGCCAGCCCGGAGCUCGACCUGCAACAGGUGCCUCCUUGCUCAAUCCAGAGCUUUGCCAUGACAGAAACUAGGGAAGAAGAUACAAUGUCAGCAGAAGCCUCAGGGUUCUCAGACUUGAGCGACUCAGAGUUGGUAGAGUUUCUAGACAUGGAAGAUGCUGAAGAAUCAAGUGUCUCACUUAGCAAGCCUGGCUCUUCUGAACUCCCUGGGAAGGAUUGCAAGCCUAUAAGCUUACAGAACUGUAAAAAAGGAUUGGAUGUCUCAUCACCCAUGGAGAGAUUCCACUUGAAAUAUUUAUAUGUCACUGACUUGUGUACUCAGAACUGGUGUGAAUUGCAGGUGGCAUAUGGGAAGGAACUUCCUGGCUUUUUGACACCUGAGAAAGCAACUGUUUUGGACACUGGUGCUAGCAUCCAUCUGGCAAAAGAACUCGAACUUCAUGAUCUUGUGACUGUCCCUAUCACCACUAAAGAAGAUGCUUGGGCAAUUAAAUUUCUGAACAUACUGUCAAUGAUUCCUACCCUGCAGUCAGAAGGGUGCAUUAGAGAGUUUCCAGUGUUUGGGGAAGUGGAGGGAGUACUUCUUGUUGGAGUGAUUGAUGAGUUGCACUACACAGCCCAGGGGAAACUGGAACUGGCUGAACUCAAGACACGCAAGCGCCCUAUGCUCCCUCUGUCAGCUCAGAAAAAGAAAGAUUGUUUUCAAGUUAGUCUGUAUAAAUAUAUCUUUGAUGACAUGAUACAAGGGAAAGUGACUCCUGCUAACCUAAUUCACCACACAAAAUUGUGUCCAGACAAGCCACUAGGGCCUUCAGUGUUGAGGUAUGCACGGCAGGGAGGCUUCUCUGUGAAAUCUUUGGGUGACCUCAUGGAACUGGUCUUCUUGUCUCUUACAUUAUCUGAUCUCCCAGUUAUUGAUAUCCUAAAAAUUGAGUAUAUCCAUCAAGAGACUGCCAGUGUACUAGGUACAGAGAUUGUAACCUUUGAAAAAAAGGAAGUAAGAAACAAGGUGCAGCAUUAUAUGGCCUACUGGAUGGGCUACCGAGGUCCUCAAGGGGUUGAUGUAGAAGAGGUGUGGAAGUGUCGGACAUGUGAUUAUGUAGAUAUAUGUGAGUGGAGAAGAGGCAAUAGAGGGCUCAGCUCUGUGCUAGGGCCGGAAGCCAAAGAAACCAAGUAAAUGGAAGGUAAGCUUUCAGAAAUGUUGGUCCUCUCUGUUCUUGAUAUACCCAUGUAAGAGCACCAGUUUCUCAGCUUGGCUUUCACGGAUAAAGUUUUUAAUUUUUAUAUUUCUAUAAUCUUUAAUAACAUUCAAAUCCAGGACCAAGAAUCAGUAAUGUGUGGGAAACAUUUGUUAAAAAAGACAGAGGUACAUCAUGUCUGUAGCAAAGUAUCCUUCACCGAUUAUUGUUUUCCUGAGAAAUUCUUCCAUAUUCUGAUAAGUCUAUUUUUUUUCUCAAUGACAGUUUUUUACAUUUUUCAUAAUAAAAAAUGAAAUGCUUUCCAGUA